AUGUCUCCGAAGGUCGAUCAGGCAAUCAUCGAGUCAUUGGGCCUCGACCCUGACGUUACUCAGAUUGCUUCCCAUGGCGGGUCCGGCUUUGCGUCGACAUUCAAGCUGAGCUCAGGCCUGGAUGGCAAGGACGUAAACUACUUCGUCAAGACGGGGACAGGUUCCGAUUCAGAACUCAUGUUCAAAGGAGAGCACGCAUCUCUCAACGCCAUUCACAGUGCAGUUCCCAACUUCUGCCCAAACUCCUACGCCAACGGGGUGUUUCAAGAUGAAUCCAACAAAUUCUUCAUGGUGACCGAUUUCCUGGACCUUGGAUCAUCAGCGCCAGGUGGCUCAGGGGAUUCACUGGCCAAGAAGCUGGCCAAACUACAUACGACACCUGCCCCUAUCCCUGAAGGCUUCGACAAGCCCAUGUACGGCUUCCCAGUCACUACGUGCUGCGGCUCUUCACCGCAGGACAACUCAUGGAAAGCGUCGUGGGCCGACUUUUAUGCCAACAACAGACUGCGUACCAUUUUACGAGACGGGAUCAACAAUCACGGCGGCGACCCAGAGCUCUCCAAGGCGGUAGAGAAAACCGCGAGCACCGUGGUGCCACGACUACUAGGAGACGAUCACAUCAAAGGCAUACAGCCGGUAGUUAUCCACGGCGACUUGUGGAGCGGUAACCACGGCCGAGGAAGGAUUGCGGGCCAGGGCGGUGUCGAAGAGGUGGUAUUCGACCCUUCCUGCGUAUACGGCCACUCGGAGUAUGAGUUGGGUAUCAUGCGCAUGUUUGGAGGGUUUGAAGGCAGCUUUUGGAAAGAGUAUGAGAGUCUCGUACCCAAGGCCGAGCCCAAGGAGGAAUGGGCAGAUCGUGUCGCACUAUACGAGCUGUGA